AUGCCGGACAUCGACAUGUACGCAGAACCCGAGGAGGAUGCACCUAACCCAACGACAAGGCGAAUGAGAUGGGCUACACAAAGAGUACCGGCGAAAAACGGUGACAAGAAGAGGACGUCGAUACUUGACCGACUACAUCCGCGCAGAUCACAAGGCAGCGAGAAGAGAGACUCUGCAGGCGCGAGUUCCAUGGGAACGGAUCUUGGCAGGAUACCAGAAGAGGAGCCCAAUCAAGCUGCGGAAGAACAGACGGAGGAGGACGACAAUGACGGUCAAGGCCCUAGAAAAGUCUUUUUUAAUCUUCAAUUGCCACGGGACGCGAUCGACGAGUCAGGUCACCCUUUGGUUCAUUAUAAGCGUAACAAAAUCAGAACCGCAAAAUACACCCCUUUGAGUUUCAUACCGAAGAACAUUUGGUUCCAAUUCCACAACAUCGCGAACGUGUAUUUCCUGUUUUUGAUCAUUCUCACCAUCUUUAGUAUCUUUGGUGCAUCAAACCCAGGUCUAAAUGCCGUUCCCUUGAUCGUUAUCGUUGCGAUUACGGCCAUCAAAGACGGAAUCGAAGAUUAUCGCAGAACUAUCCUCGACAACGAACUCAACAAUUCGCCUGUCCAUCGACUCGUUGACUGGAACAACGUCAACGUCAGCGAUGACGAUAUUUCACUAUGGAGGAGAAUUAAAAAGGCCACUUCGCGUUGGAUCGUAGAGACUAUCAAGAAAAUGAAGAAGGACAAGAAGCCACCCGGGGAGACAUAUGCCCAACGUGCUAUGGAUGUGGAGGAACCUCGACCCUCGUUCGAGUCAAGGGCUGCCCGAGAUGAUAUUCAGAUGACACCAGUGCCCUCUCCUCUUCCCCGAGAUUGUGACCUUAAAGUUCCGGAUCGCCCGAACACGGCCUUAUCUUACGAUGCUAGCGGCAGUCCACCUGCAGAAAAGAAUUUUGGAACUUUGAUCAACCGCAACAAUCCAGUGACCGGAAAGUCCCGGUUUCACCAUGAUUAUUGGAAGAACGUACAAGUUGGAGAUUUCGUUCGCAUUUACAACGACGAUCAAAUUCCAGCAGAUAUUGUGAUUUUAUCCACCUCUGAUCCCGAUGGAGCUUGCUACGUAGAAACGAAAAAUCUGGACGGUGAGACGAAUUUGAAGGUACGACACGCUCUUCGUAGUGGUCGAAGCAUCAAACACGCUCGUGAUUGUGAACGAACGGAGUUCACUAUAGACAGUGAAGCACCGCAACCCAAUCUUUAUCAAUACAGCGCUGUAGCUCGCUGGACGCAAUAUAACGGAAAGGAUGGACCGGGCGAGGAGAUGAUCGAGCCGAUUUCCAUCAACAACCUACUUCUUCGUGGGUGUAACCUAAGGAACACAGACUGGAUCCUCGGAGUUGUCGUAUUUACUGGUUUUGACACCAAGAUUAUGUUGAACUCGGGAAUCACACCAAGUAAACGCUCACGCAUCGCUCGAGAACUCAAUUGGAAUGUCGUUUACAAUUUCAUUCUUCUAUUCACCAUCUGUUUCGCUUCCGGUCUCAUUGAAGGUAUUAUUUGGGGAGAAGGAAAUAAUACCAUUGAUCUUUUUGAAUUUGGUUCCAUUGGUGGAACCCCAGCCCUUGAUGGUUUCAUUACCUUCUGGGCUGCUCUCAUUCUCUUCCAGAAUUUGGUACCAAUUUCGUUAUACAUCACAAUUGAAAUCAUCAAGACUUGCCAGGCUUUCUUCAUCUACAGCGAUACUGAAAUGUAUUACGACAAGCUCGAUUAUCCUUGUACGCCUAAAUCGUGGAAUAUCUCGGAUGACUUGGGACAAAUUGAGUAUAUAUUUUCUGAUAAGACAGGAACCUUGACUCAGAACGUUAUGGAAUUCAAAAAGGCCAGCAUCAACGGGGUUCCUUACGGAGAAGCAUAUACCGAAGCUCAGGCUGGCAUGCAGAAACGUCAAGGUAUUGAUGUAGAGAAAGAGGGUGCAAGAGCUAGACAGGAGAUCGCAGCAGCACGGGCUAAAAUGCUGGUUGACGUCAGGAAGCUCCAUGAUAAUCCUUAUCUUCACGACGAUGAUUUGACCUUCGUUGCGCCUGACUUUAUCACCGAUCUCGCUGGUGAAAAUGGCAAGGAGCAACAAGACGCCAACUAUCAGUUCAUGUUAGCCCUGGCUCUUUGUCACUCGGUUAUCUCAGAAACUACUCCAGGAGAUCCGCCUAAGAUUGAAUUUAGAGCUCAGUCGCCUGACGAAGCAGCAUUGGUUGCUACUGCCCGUGAUGUCGGUUUCACUGUUCUUGGAAAUUCGCCAAACGGUAUUGUGUUGAACAUCCAGGGACAAGACAGGGAAUAUAGGGUUCUCAACCAACUCGAAUUCAAUUCGACGAGAAAGAGAAUGAGUGCCAUCAUUCGAAUGCCCGAUAACAAGAUUAUACUCUUCUGCAAAGGUGCAGACAGUAUAAUAUAUUCUCGCUUGAAGCGAGGAGAGCAACCGGAGUUACGCCGUACCACAGCGGAACAUCUGGAAAUGUUUGCAAGAGAAGGUUUACGUACUCUCUGCAUCGCGCAGAAGGAGCUUGGUGAGCAAGAGUACCAAGACUGGAAUCGCGAGCACGAGCUUGCGGCUACAGCCAUCCAAGACCGUGAAGAUAAGCUGGAGGCGGUAUCUGAUAUCAUUGAGCGUGAUCUCACAUUGCUUGGAGGCACAGCUAUUGAGGAUCGUCUGCAGGAAGGUGUGCCUGAUACCAUUGCACUUCUCGCAGAAGCUGGUAUCAAACUCUGGGUUCUCACCGGUGAUAAAGUCGAGACUGCCAUUAAUAUUGGAUUUUCGUGCAACUUACUCAAUAACGACAUGGAGCUUAUUGUCUUCAAGAUUGAGGACGAACAAGUAUCCACUGCGGAGGCCGAGCUCAAUAAACACUUGGCAGCCUUCAAUCUGACCGGCUCCGAUGCAGAGCUCAAAGCUGCCAAGAAGAAUCACGAGCCACCGGCACCAACACAUGCCAUAGUAAUCGAUGGAGACUCUCUCAAACUUGUAUUGGACGACACAUUGCGACAAAAAUUCCUUCUCUUGUGUAAAGAGUGCAAAUCGGUUCUCUGUUGUCGAGUCAGCCCUGCUCAAAAAGCUGCCGUUGUCGCAAUGGUUAAAGGCGGCCUGGAUGUCAUGACUCUGUCUAUUGGUGAUGGCGCGAAUGAUGUUGCUAUGAUUCAAGAGGCAGACGUCGGAGUUGGUAUUGCUGGUGAAGAAGGAAGACAAGCCGUUAUGUCUUCUGAUUACGCCAUUGGACAAUUCCGGUUCUUACAGCGGCUCGUGUUGGUUCAUGGAAGAUGGUCAUAUCGCAGAUUGGGAGAAACGAUUGCCAAUUUCUUUUACAAGAACGUUGUGUGGACCUUUACCAUUUUCUGGUAUCAGAUCUUCGCCAACUUCGACAUGACAUAUCUCUACGAUUACACUUAUAUCCUCUUAUUCAACUUGGCUUUCACAUCUGUUCCCGUCAUUUUUAUGGGCGUUUUAGAUCAAGACGUUUCGGAUAAGGUUUCUCUUGCGGUUCCCCAACUCUACAGAAGAGGCAUCGAGCGAAAAGAAUGGACCCAGAAGAAGUUCUGGCUUUACAUGGCUGAUGGCUUGUACCAAUCCGUCAUAAUUUUCUUCAUGGCAUAUUGCUUGUUCGAGGAUGGUACUUCUGUCACCGAAAGUGGCCAAAGCAUUGAUGACCGAGAGCGAUUUGGAGUCUACGUAGCGCCUGCGGCUAUUGUUGCUAUCAACACUUAUAUCCUAAUCAACACUUACCGAUGGGAUUGGCUCAUGGUCCUUCUUGUCACUAUAAGUAUUCUCUUGGUAUGGUUUUGGACUGGCGUCUAUUCGUCUUUCACUUCGUCAGACUAUUUCUACAAAGCUGCCGCUCAAAUCUUCGGCCAAGCCACCUUCUGGGCAGUCACAUGUCUCUCUGUAGUCGUCGCUCUUCUACCACGGUUUACCAUCAAGGCUGUGCAGAAAGUUUAUUUCCCAUACGAUGUCGACAUCAUUCGCGAGCAAGUCCGUCAAGGCAAAUUUGAUUAUCUUGAAAGAACCGAUGAGCAUAUGGAUGCAAUGUCCAAAGAUGGUUCAUCGGCAUCUUCCUCAGAGAUUACGAAGCCGAGUAAGCACAUCCACUAUCCGAGCAUUGAUGAAGACCAACGACCCAUUUACCCCCCUUCAGUUGCUCCGACGAACACUACACACAACCCUCGAAGUCAAAACGGUAGCGAUGGAACCGACUUUACACGACAUGGAAAUUCGAUGGAUCAACUCGGUCCUCGAGUCUCAGUCGAAAGGCCGCGACCUUCCUUCGAUAGAUUGCGAACGUCGUGUGAUCGAGUUAGACCAAGCUUCGAGGCUAGUAACGAUUUUACUUCGGCAGCCCUGCUAACCCGAUUAGAAUCGAGUCAAUCGUUUGGGCCGCUGAGAAGUAGGAGGCACGACGACAUUUUACAAUGA